AUGCAUACAAAAUUCUUCUUUAAAGAAAAGAGGCGGCCGCUGUUGAGUGAACGCCUGCUGCGCUAUCGGCCGUGGAACCUCUCCUUUGACGACGACUUCAGUGCGCUGUGCAAGGAGCGGCAGCCAGAGGCGUCGCAAAUGUUCAGCCUCGCUGACGAUCUGUACGCCUUCCAUCGUGUCUACUGGGUCAGUGCACCUGAGUACAUCGAUUCAGUCUACGGAGAUAGCUUCAAGAUUGUAGACGAGGAGUGGCAGCUGGAGGACAGAAGCCACGAUACGCUCUCCGUGAACACUGACUGCGUGCAGCUGUUGGUGAACGCCCUGGACCACCCCACGUGUCCGCUGGAAGACCUGCCACUGGAAGCCGUGAAGCAGCGCGAGCGGUGCCGCGAGCAGCUGUGGGACGACGUGGUGCAGAGGUCGCCCCACAUACCCGUCACCAGCUACCUGGCCUACACACAGAGGAUAAACGUCAACCUCUGUCUGCUGGCCUGGAUGGCUGUCAACUCGUACGGCAUUUGUCAGGACGUCCCGUUUAGUAUGAUACAGUCCGUGCACGGUGCUCGCUGCUAUUUCGAUAGUCCUGAUGAUCAAUCAUGUCUGCAGUCGAACGCUACAGACGCCAUCUGCUCUGUUUCCAGAGCUAUUCUGUUGCUAAAGUGUCGCGACUUUUCCUCCAUCAGGACUUCCCAUAAUUGUACGUUAACUUGA